AUGCCAUCCGAAGAUUACACCUCCACACCCUCGACAGGAAAACUCAAACUCAAAGGCGUCAAGGACUCGAGAAUAACUAAGAAGAGAAAGAACAAAACUUCCAAAGACGAGAAAUCCUCGGGGGACACCGUCGAUGAUAAUUCGGUCAUAUUAAAGAAGCUGGAGGAGGAGGAUCUGGAGAUACGCAGGGAAGAGAAGAAGAAAAAGGGAAAGUCUGAAGAACUGAGGGAUGAUGAUGCAGAGGACCCAGAGCUGGGUGUUAGGGUCAAGACGGAAGCGGAGAGGAAGUAUGAUGAGCAGAGGCGAAAGAGGCUUGAUGAUCGUCUCAAACGUGAGGGUGUCAAGACACACAAACAACGCGUCGAGGAACUGAACCGUUAUCUUUCUGGUCUGAGCGAACACCAUGAUAUGCCGAGAAUCGGCCCUGGAUAA